AUGACGUUCUUUCACUUCAGCUACAAGAAUCGUGGCAGAAAGUCGCCUACGCCGUCGUCGUCGACAGAGGGUUCCCGGGGCAGCGCUCAGACUCCGUCGUCGAUGAAGAGUUUCCAGAACAACGCUCAGGCUCCGUCUUCGACGACAAAGAAUUUCCAGAACAUCGCUCAGGCUCCGCGCGGUCCACCUCAGUAUCAGUACAGUUCACCGUCACUGAGGCAGAAUGUCCCAGUCGACGCAGCGGCUUCAAUACCGCCUCCAUAUGCUGCACCACAGCCCGCGCCGCCCUUGAAUCCAUUGUGGUGUCCUCCACCAACAUAUCAGCAAUUCCAUGAACAGCAGCAGCAGUACCUUGAAGCCACCCGGCAGCAGAGGAUACAGGCAGAAUGGAUGGCGAGCCAGCCACAACCUCCCUUCCGAACAAACCCAACAUCACGUCCCGCAUCAUUUCAUCAGCACUUCCAUCAACACCAGCAGCAUCAAUACAUUAACGGUAUGGGACAGCAGGGGCCACAUACCGAUUGGACGACGAACCCGCUCAACCUUCCCAUGCGACCGAGCACGGCAACACGUCCUCCAUCAUUUCACCAAUCCUUUCUUCAACAACAUCAACAUCAAUACGUUGACGGUACAAGACAGCAGCGGCCACAAGCAGAAUGGAUGUCAAGCCCGCUGUACAUGCCCGUCCGAUCGAACACAGCAACACCUCCUUCGCCGUUGCAAAAUCAUUACGCCGCGAGUCUAGAUCAGACAUACCCAAAUCCCAUGUACCAGUCAUAUCCAUACAAUCCUCCAAACCACCCAAUGACACCCCGAGCAGCGGCGACAUUCCCUCAACCUCAACUCUCACAACUCAUGUACGCCUCUCCCGCACCACUGACACCACUUACACCACAACAAACCGGGCCUCUGCAGCCGCAGCCGCAGCCGUACUACGUCAAGACCAAACCCUCUGGCGCUGCCCUGUCCUCGAUCUACAAGCCGAUCAAGAAGGCGUCGACGACAAUGCUGAAUUUGCAGCACAGCGUGAUGGAGAACAAGGGCGGGGGGCUUAUCGAGAAGGCAGAUACGUGGUACGAAUCAGUCAGCACGAAGCUGGACGACAUGAUCACUGGCAUGGACGAGGAGCAAUUUGUGGCGGAAGAGGGAGAAGGUGAGAUAUGGAAUUUCCUGUUUUCUUUCUUCUUUUGCAUUGUUUACUGCGUUGCGUCGUUGUGGUUUCUUUUCUGUUUCGCUGGCCGACAUGGGUCUGGCGGUCCUACCAAAGUCUUGGACGUUCACAGCUUCUCGUCUACGGUCUGGUCUGGCCUCUCUGCGGUGUCUAUGUCGUCGCUAUCACCACCACCACCGGCAACGCGACCUGGACUAACCGCCAAGCACGCGCACCUGCCUCACGGACGGCACAUCCGCGGCUCGACCCACUCCUCCCACCUCCUGGUCAUAAUAUUGACGUGGCCCGAGCGUCAUCACGGAUCACCACGCUCCACCAUUCACUCUCCACCUCCUCCACUCUCCACAGUUCACGGUUCACUCUGGCCACAAAACCCCCCCUGA